AUGCUCAUGGCAGGAGGGCGGCAGGCAUCCCAGCAGCAGGUUUGGCUCACGCAGCAGGCAAUGCAGCAGCAGCGGCAACUGCUCCCACCGUACCUGCUGAAGCCUUGCUCCUCUGAUGCCUUCUUCCGCUGUGCAUAUGGUGCCUGUGUUGAUGUGAAUGCAGCUUGUGAUGGCACCAUCCAGUGUGAAGGUGAUGGCUCAGAUGAAGCCCCUGAGCUGUGUGGAACAUCUCCAGCCCUCAAGUGCACACUUCCACUCAAACACAAAAAUGGUGGCUACAAAGUGAUUGGCUGUGACUCCCAGUUUUGUGGGUUUGCACCAGGAGCACAAGUACCUUCUGGCACACAGCUGGAAUUCUUCUGUGAUGAAGGAUACCAUAUAAGUGGGCCCAAUGAUUCCUAUUGCCUCGAUGAGGCCUUUACUCCACCACCACCAGUUUGUGAGAAGAAUAGGGAAUAUUCUACCUCCAGCACAUUAAAUUAUGGAAAGUGUCCUAGUCUUACAUCAGAAUCAAUUUAUGCUGAAUGUUUCUAUGGUGAAUCGAGGUUCACUUGCGACUGGGCAGUUCUCCCUGGAACAAGAGCAGUUGUGGAUUGCAGGAUUUAUUAUACAUCAGCAAAUAGACUAAAACAGAAUCUGACAUGUGGACAUGAUGGUCGGUGGGAUAGUGAAGUCAAGACAUGCAAUCCAGCUGCUGUUUGCUUCUGGAACAAUGCAAAGGAUGUGAAAUAUCCUGAGGAACUUUUCAGAGUAAUAGCAGGAAAAUUUCACAGUAGCUACACCACUAAAGAUCCUGGGCAACAGGAACGAGCAGUAAGGGACAUUGAUAUCCCUGAUAGUUUCCAUGGGUCAUCAACGGCAUUCCGUGAUGACAUAGCAGUACUGACAGUGGACUUCCCAUUUCAGCUAACAGAGAAGAUUAGUCCUGUGUGUGUGGACUGGGAUGAUGUUUUCGAUGUUGGACCAGGUGAUAAGGGACAUGUACGUUGA